AUGCCCACCAAGGGCGACACGAAGGAGAAGGUGCGCUCCAAAAGGAAGGAGGAUUCCAAAGCAGAGAAGAGCAAAGCUAAGAAGGACGCUGUCAAAACAAAAAAGGAUGCAAAAGAGAAGUCCACGGUGAAGUCAGGAUCCCGUCGAAAAGAGUCACAGCGCAACCAGGCCGAGGACGAAGCAAAGGAGCGGAGAGAUGCAGCGGCCACGGCGGCUGCCAAGAAGCGCAAAGCAGAAGAUGCGACCGGCCCUUCCAAAGAGAAGAAGAAAAAGAGCCGGAAGGACAAAGAGACUUCAAAGUCCAAGGCUCCAGAAGCGCCCUCAGAUCGACGGGUGCAAGGGGGCGCCGCGGAUGCAGCGAAAGCCAAGAAAGAGAAUAAGGAGAAUGGGAAAGAUGAGAGGACUGAGAGGAAGGGGAAGGAAGCAAAUGACAAGGAGCGGCAGGAUCGAGACAAGCGGAGCGGAGCUGCACGAGGUGCCACGGGUGCCUGUGCUGCAGAAGCCCUGGAUGGCGAUGAUGGUGAGAAGCUGCAAACCGGGGGCUCCGCCGGGGGCUCCGCCGGGGGCUCUUCAGGCAGCAGGCCGCCAGCAUCCAAAAGUCGAUCUCCCGCCAUGGCCAAGGCGGCGGAUCCCGUGAGCAAAGAGAAGGCCGAUAAAGCCGACAAAGCCCACAAGCGAGGAUCUGACAGCGUCUCGGACUACGACAGCGAGAGCGCCACUUCUGGAGCCCGACGUCGAAAGCGCCGUGAAGAAGCUGGCUUGAAGGCAGCCUCAGGAUUUGGACUGGCCCCGCCACCGCCAGCACCGGAUGCGAGCGGUCCGGUCAUGUACGGCCCAUCAAGUCUGAUGCCUUUGCCUGACAAGGUGAAGGGGCUUCUCGAGCACAAGGAUUCCCUGGCGCAGGAAGUCCUUAGAAUGAAAAUGGCCGUGGAGGCCGCGACAGGGCAGCCAAGCAAGGUCGAAGGAAGGGAGGAGCCCGCUGAGACCACGCUGAAGAUGCCCACGCGGCUCACCGAGUGCUUGAUGGACCCCGCGAACCAUGCGAAACUGCUCAUCAAGACCGGCCUGCUCUCUGCCACUCUGAACGAGGAGAAGCACCUGGUCCUGCGAGCCCCAUCCCCAGGGCGCCUGAAAAAGACUUUGGGCCACCUGCGCCGCAUUGCGUGGGCCUGCCAAUGGGGUUGCAGCAGCGCCAAGGUCUUCGCACUGCUGGCAGAACGGCCCGCAAAACCACUGAACUCCAUUGUGUUGAGACUCGCUGCUACUUCCAGUCGCCUGUCAUCUCAUGAUGCAAAGCUGAGUGCCAAGAUGCGCAAGCUGCGCAUGGGCACGCAGGCAGGCCCUGGCAUGCUGGUGCUUGAGGGCAUAACGGGCCUCUCCCGCAAGCACUGUACAAUCACCUUUGAACCAGACAAGGGUGCUUGCUACGUGCAGGAUGUAUCCACAAACGGCACUUACCUCAAUGGCAAGCGGCUUCCCAGACCACCGUACAAGAACCCUUCGGACGCUCGAGUGCGUCUUUUUCAUGGGGAUGAGCUGCUGUUCAAGCUACGUAGUGAGGACGCGGAGGAGUUGGGAUACGUCAUCAACCUGGUCGAACUCAGUUGA